CACAUAAAGUUUGAGACUAAAGUCGACAAGCUAUAAAACAUGUACUCCUCCGCUGAAACCUCAAAAGUUCCUUUUCAAUGAGGCUUUUACAUGUUCUUCUACUCCUCACCUUUCUGGUGCUAGUUUCUGGAUAUUUUUCUGAUAACGGCGAUAAAAAAGUUAAGAAAAUAAAAAUAGUCCACUAUGAUUCAACAUCCUCCAGUUCCUCUGAAGAACAUCGUCAUAGGCCACGUGGAGGAAAAGGGCCUAGGUUCGACGAUGGUUCCUUCGAGGAUUACAGUGGGCGACGUGGUGGUGGGCGGCAUAGGCCACCGAGGCCUCCAAGGCCUCCAAGGCCCGUACCAACACCUAAGCCAGUAGAAAAUAUGGAAACUCUUAAUGGGCCGUUUGGGCCCGAUGUACGUUAUCCGAUUCCUGGAGGAUAUUGGGAUACAGGCAAGGUCCUCCGAUUUUAUGGUGUUCCUGGACAAGGUAGAUGGUCCAUUAACUUGGAUCAAGCAAAGACGUGGCUGUUUCAUUUCGCGUCACAGCCUGAUCUGGGCCAUGUUGUCCGAACCCGUGAGCAAAAUGGGCAAUUUCAAACCCCUGACACAUAUGGUGGAAACCCAUUUCCUGCUGGUGCCAAUUUCAAUGUUACUAUGGUCAAUCAGCCAACGCAUAUUGAGAUUCAUGUCAAUCAGGUUUUCUUCACAAACUAUAAUCAUCGAACUGGCAAUCCAUCGAGAGACUAUCAACACGUCGUUUUCUCCGGAAAUGUCAUUAUCUCGAAAAUUGAAAUUACUAGAUAACUUGUUUAGCUGAAUGAAACCUUUGUUGUCA